AUGGGCAGCAACAAGAGCAAGCCCAAGGAUGCCAGCCAGCGGCGCCGCAGCCUGGAACCUGCUGAUAACACCCAUGGCGGCUGUGGCGGCGGCGGUGGUGGCGGCGGCGGCGGCGGCGGCGUGGGGGCCUUCCCCACCUCACAGACCCCCAGCAAGCCGGCCUCCGCUGAUGGCCACCGGGGCCCCAGCACGGCCUUCGCCCCUGCAGCCGCCGAGCCCAAGCUGUUCGGAGGUUUCAAUUCCUCCGACACAGUCACCUCCCCGCAGAGGGCGGGGCCCCUGGCUGGCGGAGUGACCACCUUUGUGGCCCUCUAUGACUAUGAGUCGCGGACAGAGACUGACCUGUCUUUCAAGAAAGGGGAGCGGCUCCAGAUUGUCAACAACACAGAGGGAGACUGGUGGCUGGCCCACUCACUCAGCACAGGACAGACGGGCUAUAUCCCCAGCAACUAUGUCGCGCCCUCCGACUCCAUCCAGGCCGAGGAGUGGUACUUUGGCAAGAUCACCAGACGGGAGUCAGAGCGGUUACUGCUCAAUGCGGAGAACCCAAGAGGUACCUUCCUAGUGCGAGAAAGCGAGACCACGAAAGGCGCCUACUGCCUCUCAGUGUCUGACUUCGACAACGCCAAGGGCCUCAACGUGAAACACUACAAGAUCCGCAAGCUGGACAGCGGCGGCUUCUACAUCACCUCCCGCACCCAGUUCAACAGCCUGCAGCAGCUCGUGGCCUACUACUCCAAACACGCUGACGGCCUGUGCCACCGCCUCACCACUGUGUGCCCCACGUCCAAGCCACAGACUCAGGGCCUGGCCAAGGACGCCUGGGAGAUCCCCCGGGAGUCGCUGCGGCUGGAGGUCAAGCUGGGCCAGGGCUGCUUCGGAGAGGUGUGGAUGGGGACCUGGAAUGGCACCACCAGGGUGGCCAUCAAAACUCUGAAGCCCGGCACGAUGUCUCCGGAGGCCUUCCUUCAGGAGGCCCAGGUCAUGAAGAAACUGAGGCAUGAGAAGCUGGUGCAGCUGUACGCGGUGGUGUCUGAGGAGCCCAUCUACAUCGUCACGGAGUACAUGAGCAAGGGGAGUUUGCUGGACUUUCUCAAGGGGGAGACGGGCAAGUACCUGCGGCUGCCUCAGCUGGUGGACAUGGCUGCUCAGAUCGCUUCAGGCAUGGCGUACGUGGAGCGGAUGAACUAUGUCCACCGAGACCUCCGUGCUGCCAACAUCCUGGUUGGAGAAAGCCUCGUGUGCAAAGUGGCUGACUUUGGGCUGGCUCGGCUCAUCGAAGACAAUGAGUACACAGCCCGGCAAGGUGCCAAAUUCCCCAUCAAGUGGACGGCUCCAGAAGCUGCCCUCUAUGGCCGGUUCACCAUCAAGUCAGAUGUGUGGUCCUUUGGGAUCCUGCUGACAGAGCUCACGACAAAGGGACGGGUGCCCUACCCCGGGAUGGUGAACCGCGAGGUGCUGGACCAGGUGGAGAGGGGCUACCGGAUGCCCUGCCCGCCCGAGUGUCCCGAGUCUCUGCAUGACCUCAUGUGCCAGUGCUGGCGGAAGGACCCAGAGGAGCGGCCCACCUUCGAGUACCUGCAGGCCUUCCUGGAGGACUAUUUCACGUCCACCGAGCCCCAGUACCAGCCCGGAGAGAACCUAUAGGGCGUGGGCUACGGGGCCAGACUGCCUUCUUGGCUUGGAUCCUGAGCUGGGUGGCCCCUGAUGUGGGGU